AUGUAUCUGCACCUCUUGAUAGGUUCAGUGCUGUCCUCGCCCAGCUUUGCGGCUCUGCUCACACCCACCUCCUCAACGUCUGACGCGACCAUCACUCCGGGUCCGCAGAUUGAGCUUCUGAAGAGACAGAAUGGUGACCAGUUUAUGGGGUGGCUUUCCAACGAUGGAACAUGGGGAGCCGAGUCUUGUAAUGCGGGAGGCACAUUCUACCAGACAGACGAGUACUGGGCGUGCUGUGCGACGACUGCUGCGGGAUGCGAGGUCAUGCCGCAUGCCUGCGUCAGUGGGAGUUUGAUCUAUUCUCUCAGCUCAUCGGGGGCCUUGGCCACGAUUGCUUGUACCGAUGCCUACACCAAUUCAGGGCACGAGUCCUACUCUAUCUGCAACACACUAUUUUUGUAUGAAAAUGAGCAGGACUCUCAACCCGAGACCAAUGUCAACUGCGGCAUUAGCUCUCUGAACUUCAGUUACUACCGAGUAGCACCUGCAGCCGCGACAGCGGGUACCUCGUCGUCGUCGGCCAUUGCCUCCAACUCUGGAUCCACCACUGCCCUCACUCCCGUCAACACCUCCACCUCCUCCACCACCACCAAGGCAAAGACGAAGAAGAAGAGCAAAGCCUGGAUCGCAGGAGUCGUCAUCGGGCCUCUCCUCCUUUUCGCUCUGAUCGGCUUCUGCCUAGCAAAGCGUAAGAAGAAGAACGCCGCCACAGUCCAACCAGCCCACGCUACCGGCGCUCCCCCAACAACAUCCACAGCCCCAGUCGCAACCUACCCCCAGCAAACCACAGUCCCCGGCCAGUCCCCGCAGUACUUCCCACCCCCGAUGCAGCAGACCCAACCUGCACCCAACAUGGUCCCCUUCGGCGUCACGAAGCACGACAGCUGGGCGCCGUCGCCGUCGCCUGCCCCCGUGUCCCCGGCCCAGCAGUGGCCGCAGCAGGGCGGCACGCAGAUGGGUGGCCAGCCCGUGUACAACGCUCCUUCACCCACGGUCAGUCCGCAGCAGCAGUAUGCGCAGCCUGUGCCGUAUGCAGAGCAUGGCGCGCCGUAUAAGCAGGCCCAGCCGCAUGUUCACGAGUCGAAGCCGUUUUCGAGUGAGCUGGAGGGGGAUGGCGUGCAGCGCCGUUGA